AUGAGUUUUGUACCCGUGAGAGGAUACGGCAACAGACGCGGGGGCUGGAGGACUGGAAUCAGAAGACCCCCGAUUGCAAACGACCAAGUAACAGUAACACCAGCUCCGCCUUUUGGGAACGUUCUCGAAAGGAUUUCGGUUGCGGAUCUUCAGAAAACAUCAGAAGAGCACAGAGAAUUAGCAGUUAUACGAAAUGCUGUCGCUGUGACAUCCUUCAACUGGGUACGCACAGCCAAAAACGAUAAGCCUACAACUGUCAUCCCAGGUAUUCCACCCAGAUGGACUCCCUCCACAGGAGUGCAGCAGCUUCAUGAAGACCAAGGCGACUUUUACCGAGAUCGCAAUGCCGCUCAAUAUCCUCAACAUCCCAUGGAGCCAACCGUUAUUGCUGGAAUCCACUCCGACCCUCAUUUGGCUCAGAACAUCGACAUAGUAGCAUGCAGCAGCACCCUUGGCAAUCUCUUACGUUUCGUUCGUAACCAGGACAAGUCGUUUCGCAUCAUCGUAGAAUUGAUUGAUAACACUUUGUUCUUGAUCCGACGGGAAAACUCGCCGACGGAGCUGAUUCAAGGCGUUCGGGGCUAUGGACAUACAUUUCCUCAGGCGUAUACUACUUGGGAUCCUAGUAUCAAGAAAUCGACUUCCCAUCAGCGUUUGCUGCGCUACAACUUUGGUGGACUGCAGUUAUUGGUUCGAUUUGAAGCUGAUGGAUACCUCGUCACACCAGAAAACGAGACAACAAACUCUUCUAAGUCAUCUAUCAAAAGUCCACAAACUGGAGUUGAGACCCUAUCCGAAAGCUUCAAAACAGCAGAAGUCGAAGGUGAAGAUGAUACAAAGACACAAGUUCCAGCCAACGACGAACUCAAUGUCCAGUAUGCCGGCAAACCAGUGAGCCAAGACCGCAUCUUCGACCUAAAGACACGAAGCCUCUGGAAGAAAAAUCAAGAUCUUCUCAGCGAAGAGAUACCACGGCUGUGGAUUGCGCAAAUCAAUCACUUCAUCACCGCAUACCACGAAAAAGGAAAAUUCUCGCCAGAAGACAUCGUCGUGCAGGAAGUCAAGGAGGAUGUCGCUAAAUGGGAGAGAAAUCAAAAUGGUGUUCUGGCUCAGCUUGCGGCGCUGCUGCAUGUUAUUAUUGCUAAGAGCAAGGAGGAGAAGAAGUUUGAGCUGUCUAGAAAUGAAGGGGGAGAUUUGGAGGUGAGGAGGUUGUUGGGUGAUGCUGGGGAAGCGCUUUCUGAGGUUGUGAGGAAGCAAUGGAUUCGAAGCUCGGAAGUUAUUUUGAAGGACAAUAAGGAAGAUGAUGUGGAGGGGGUGAAGGAAGAAAUACUUGUUUGGGAUGAUGGACAAACCGAUUACACGGCCUGUAGUGAUGAGUGUCGUUAUUGUGGGACUUGCACGUAUUAG